AUGACACUCAACAAGUAUCUUCGUGCUCCGCAUCGUCAACAGUUGCUCCAUCCUGCGCUUUCACAGAAAGUUUUCAUCGCGCAGCGACGUUUAGUAAACGUUGGUCCUUCCAGUCGAAACGCAUCGAUUGUCGCGCUUCGCACGGAUUCCGGAAAUGCCACGUUGGAUGAUUCUGCUCUCGGCACCUCGGAAUUCCGUCCUGUCUUUGCCAUUCUUGAAGCAGCGCGAGCCGCACGGUUUAGCACCAAAGCGGAGACCACGCCACAGAUCACGACGUCGAGCAUCGAAACUUUGAGGCCCGCGGUCAUGAACCGCAGUCUUAUGCCUUUUCAGCAAGAUCUUCAAAGCGGCAAGGUCUCCGACCCGCAAUCAAACAAUACUCCCUCGUCUUCGGACGGUGUGUCAGAUGCCAGUAAUCAGCCUUACCCGUUUCUGACUUACUCCGAGAGCGUGGCGGUCCGUGGCCUAGCCGAGCGAGCAACUCGGAAGCUUGUCCGUCAAGCUCAAAAGCGCACGAAGACACAAAAGCCUGGUGAUCACUCUGAAGUGGCAGUGCUCCCGGUCAAGGUGGAGGAUAAACGCGUUGAUGCUGCCUUCCAAAUUGGCGAUGUCCUACAUCUUGUCCGUUUUCAAAUGAAGGCUCGUCCGGAACAUAUCCGUUGGAUGGACAUUAGCAGAGAUCUCUCCAAGGUUGUCAAACACGUGGAGAAGAUCAGCUCGACCCCAUCCUGGAAGAGAACACAAGCAUCCAUAGUGUGCUUCGGCAUCCUCAGCCAUAGUGAUAGUAACUAUUACCCUCCCGAGCUCAUUGGAGACUGCCAAAUCAAGUCCAUCCCGGAGUUCCUCAAGCUUCUCGGUUGGCAUGAGGGGGAUCUGGUUACUUUCAAGAAUUCCAUGGAUGAUGCCAUCAAGGCCGUCAUGCCGCCCAAGGAAGUGCAUUCGACUGUCGGUCUACCGCAAGCUCAGUCGGUAUCGAAAGAAAUGUCGAAAAAGCGCGGCGAAACCAGACUGCGGCCCAUGUUUACAUGGCAAGGGGGAAAGUCUGAUGAGCUGCCCAUUCUCCAGAAGUAUAUUCCGAAAACCAUGAAGACCUAUGUGGAACCAUUUGCUGGUGGAUUGGCGAUGUACUUUUUCCUUCGCCCCAAGCAGAGCGUCGUCGCUGAUACGCACCAUGAGCUCAUCAACUUCUAUCGACAAAUUCAACUGGGAAAUCGAGUCGAGAUUCUUCGUCGCCUCAGGGAUUAUAAAUUUACUGAGGAUGAGUAUUACUCCGUUAGGGACGCGCAAAACGGUGAUGAGAUCGACCGGGCUGUCCGAUUUUUCUAUUUGAGGUGCACCUGUUACCGCGGCAUGCUGAAAUAUCGAAAAUCAAACACCGGAAACUUGCAGUCCACCGUGUCCUUCGGGACCCGUGCGGCCGGAAAAGUUAUUCUCUCACGGUUUGAGGACGAGCGAUACGAAAAGCUUUUAAGCACCACUAUGCUUAUGAACGAGUCUUUCGAAAACCUCUUUUGUCGGUACAAUGAUCCGGAAGACUUCUUCUUCCUCGACCCGCCGUACGAUUCACCGUUCAAUGACUAUAGCAACGCUCCUUUCGGCCGGGUCGAACAUCAACGCCUCGCUGACUGUUUUCGCACCACGAAAGCUCGAUGUUUGAUGGUUUUAGGAAAUACGCCUUUUAUUUUCGAUCUAUACCGAGAUUACAUCAAAGCGGCCUUCCCCAAGCCAUACAGGUUCAAGAUUGGGGGACAGCCUCGAGGCCCGGACAUGGUGGCGGAGCAUCUAAUCAUUGCAAAUUACGAUUGA